AUGGGUGCGAGGUAUGUUGCCUCGCAAAUUGACUGCUCAGGUGGCAUUCGCCGUGCGAUUGGGGUCCCAGAAAUGAACCAUUACCUGCGAUUCGAGAAUUGUAUGAUUGAUGACGAGAAACCAAAUGAGGGUUUGCUCGAUGUCGCCAUCAACAAGAUCAAGGUAACUUGCAGGUCAAUGGGAGAUACCAACACCAGAAGAAACCUUCCGGAGCUGUUCGAGCUUGUCGGGGACGACCUACCGAAUGGCUUGCACACCCCUGAUUUCUGUGUCACCCUUGAGAAUUGCUUGAAGUAUGUGCGCGAUGUCCAAUUGCUGAUUUUCGAUGUGCUUCAUUGCUUCGAAGAAGAAGACAAGAAAGGAGACUGCAGGGAGACUAGAGACCCCUUGACUGAGUUCUUCGAGAUCUUUCAGAUUAUCCACAAGCAACAAAAGUCCAUGCUCGAGAAGUUGCAGAUCAAGAAGGAGGAGAUUGACGAGAAGCUCAAGAGCAUACGCACUUGGGCGAUUGUCUCAAACAUUAUACUGAUUGCGACUUUCCAAGCCAUGCUGAUCUAUUCGGUCGUGACUGCUGCAGUGGUUGCUCCACCAUUCACUGCCGCUUUAGUGGCAGCAGUUGCCUUUCCCAUGGAUUCGGUGGGCAAGUGGAUCGAUUCCCUCUGGAAGAAUUAUGAAGAUAUAUUAGAGGGAGAGGAGGAGGUGAUCAACUCAAUGCAAGUCCUGGACACAAUCAGAGUUCUUAUUGACCGUUUGGAGGUACAGAUCAAGAGCCUCUUGCAGAUAGCUGAUUUUGCGAUUGAGGGGGGACCAGAGGCAGUGAAGCUUGGAAUAGAAGACAUCAGGAAGAAGCUGAGAGAUUUCGUGAAGGAUGUCGAAGAACUGGAAAAGCAAGCCGACAAGUGCUUCAGAGGAUUAUGA